GACCCAUCCCGGUGUCGGUGUGUCUGGCGGUGAACCAUAACAGGGCGGCCGGGACAGUGGUGUUUCUCGGUGUCAGCUGAAAACAGACCGUUAACAGAGCAGCGGACAUGCCUCCUCUCCUCCAUGGAGCCGAACCGGACCGCAGUCCGCUGUAGUUCUGCCGCAGUGAACCACUUCGAGAGCUGCAGACGCUGAGAGGGACCAGUCCUGUGGACAGGAAGUAAACAUGGCCUCCAGCUCGCCGCCUGGGAACCCCCCCAGCGGCCUCACAGACAGGAGCGGUAGCUUCUUUAAGCUGAUUGACACGUUUGCGUCUGAGAUCGGGGAGCUGAAGCGAGAGAUGGUGCAGACCCCUCUAACAUUUGACAAAGAGCCUAUGGAUUUACAGGGGCUGGAGGCUGAAGUGUGCGGUGUUUACCUGCAGUCCCCCAGCUGUGCUGGUCUGGGGGGUGAAAGGGAUUCUGGGUACGACUCGCUGCGCAGGAGGAUGAGCGUGUUGGAGCGACUGACUCAGACCCACCCGGUGUGGCUGCUGCUGGCCGUCAGUGAGGAGGAGGCCACUCGCAUUCUGCUCACACAGCCCCCGGGGGUGUUCCUGGUGAGGAAGUCGGCAGCUUUACAGAGGAAGAUUCUGUCUGUGCGUCUGAAGGAGGAUCAGAGCGGAACUCCCAUCAGCCACCUCCCUGUCAGAGAGAGCCAGUACACCUUUUCUCUGGAGGAAUCUGGGAUCAGCUUUGCGGAUCUGUUUCGCCUCGUGGCUUUCUACUGUAUAAGCAGGGAUGUCCUGCCUUUCACACUCAAACUCCCAGAGGCCAUUGCAUCGGCCAAGACUCAGAAAGAGCUGGAGGAGGCGGCUCAGCUCGGAGCAGGCUUCUGGGACUCUGCCCUGUGCAGUCAACGCCGCACUUUCCCCCGUGCCUGCCGCCCUCUGAGCCGGACCCUCAGCCCCCAGCGGAGCAACAGGAACAGGGAGGGGGAGGAGUCUCAGCAGAGACACGCCGGGGCCCACUGCGACAGUGCCCCCCCUACCCUACGCUCCUGCGCCUCUCCACCCUCCUUUCGUCUGGAGAGAAGACACUCCAGCGGCCCCCUGUGCUUCGUCACCCCCCUGUUCCUCCAGACGCAUCGCCGCCCCCUCCGCUGUGAGGACGAUCCGCCGACACAUGCCGUCAGGUCCGAUGAAGACCUAGAGAAUGAGGGGAAGUCCUUGAAGCUGAGCAGCAGCCCAGGUAUCGAGCAGCACGCGGACAAGGUCAAACUGAACGGCAAAUCCCGGACACCUCCCCCCCGCCCUCCUCCCCCCCGCUCCAUGCCUCGCCGACGCCCUGCCCCCCCACCUCCUGGACCUCCAGCAGCUACCACCAGACCCAAGAGCAUGCCAGUGGCUGUCACUGUGUCUCCAAGGCAACAACCGACUUCCACAAAGCGCCAAGCGCCGGCUCGGCCAUCGAUGGGGGGCAAACAGGGCAGCCCCUCCAAGACUGCCAGUCCACCGAUCCUUGUGCCGUCAAACCCCCCCCCUCCAAGGCCUAAGAAGCCCGAUCUGGAAUCUCACCGCUGUCACAUCGCCCUGGAUGAUGAGACCAUCGCCAAAGCUCUGUCCCGUGCCAAGCUUCCACCCUGCCAGCCUACAGCAACUGAUGCUCUGCUGGAGGGUAACGCCGGGAGUCCGUCCACUCCUAAGGAGCGGGGACGCCAGCGGCUCAGUGACAUGAGCAUGUCUACUUCCUCCUCUGACUCACUGGAAUACUCACAUUCUCCAGGAUUCUCCCUGGGCCUCGCCCCUAGCCCGUCCCGACACCUGAAUCACCAAAACACGGUGGAGGACAGCAGCGACGACGACGAUGAUGUGGACGAAGAUGACGAGGACUACGGGGUCAGUUUGGAGACGGACCUAGAAAUGCGCCACCGUCCGUCCUUCAAAGCGCGAAGGCGAAGGGUUGGUGUGAGUCUGGGCGGGGGGCCCUUCAUCCUGCCCAGGGCGCUGAAGGGACGUUUCCGCAAGGUGAGCGGCAUGCUGAGCUCCCUCAUGACCCCGGAGAGACGGGCGGUGAAGAGGAUCGCAGAGAUGUCCCGGGACAAAAGCUCUUAUUUUGGCUCCCUGGUCCAGGACUACAUCAGCUUUGUUCAGGAGAACCGAGGCUGUCACACCUCAGGGACGGAUUUUCUGCAGACUCUCAGGCAAUUUAUGACGCAAAUGAAGGCUUACCUGCGCCAGAGCUCCGAACUGGACCCCCCUCUAGAGUCCCUCAUACCUGAGGACCAGAUCGACCAGGUGCUAGAGAAGGCCAUGCACAAGUGUGUCCUGAAGCCUCUGAAGAGUGUGAUCGAGGUGGCUUUACAUGACUUCCAGGUGAAAAGUGGAGCUUUGCAGCAGCUAAAGGAGAACCUGGCCCUGGCUAAGGCCAAGAGGCCCCAGGAGUUAGGGGUGGAUGGAGCUGUGCCUCCUGACCCCUUGGCUAUUGAGAAGAUCCGUCACAAGUUCCUAAACAUGAGGAAGAUGUACUCCCCUGAGAAAAAGGUGUCAUUGGUGCUGCGUGUGUGCAAACUCAUCUACACCAUAAUGCAGGAUAACUCAGGGAGGAUGUAUGGUGCCGAUGACUUCCUGCCCAUGCUGACGUAUGUGGUGGCUCAGUGUGACAUGCCUCAGCUUGACACAGAGAUCCAGUACAUGAUGGAGCUGCUGGACCCAUCUCUGCUUCAAGGAGAGGGGGGCUACUACCUGACCAGUGCGUACGGAGCCAUGGCCCUCAUCAAGAACUUCCAGGAGGAGCAGGCCGCCCGGGUGCUGAGCUCCGAGGCCAGGAACACGCUGCACCAGUGGCACAGGCGGCGCACCACCCCCCGCUCAGCGCCCACUGUGGACGACUUUCAGAACUAUCUGCGUGUGGCCCUACAGGAAGUAGACACCGGCUGCACGGCCAAAACCCUGAUGGUCCAGCCGUACACCACCACCGAGGAGGUCUGCUCACUCUGCGCCUACAAGUUCAAGAUCCCGGACCCUGACGCCUACGCACUGUUCCUGGUCAUUGAGGGCACCCGCCAGCAGCUCGCCCCGGACACACACCCUCAGCGAAUCAAAGCAGAGCUCCACGGCCGGCCCUGUGCACACACCUUCCACUUUGUCUACAGGAGGAUACCAAACCUUAACCUCUUUAUCCCGGCCAUCAUGGACAAUGGAAACUGUAUACAAGUUGAAUAGAGCAGGAUAAUGAUCCUGAACUAUUUGAGGACGUCUGAAUGGAAACCAAGCUGUAUGUCGCAGUCAACGUGUGGAAGUGAUCUUGGGCAAGAAACUUAAAGGGGAACUAUUAUGCUUAUUUAGGUUUGCACUUUUAGCCUUUAGCCACAAACCGGUAUAACACACUACAGGAAAAUCCCUGGGUUUCUCUCCCACACACUCUCCCCCCCCCCCAUCACUAUCUCAAUCUCAAUCUUUAUUUAUUUAUAUAGCACAUUUAAAACAACCUUCAGUUGACCAAAGUGCUGUACAGGCAAUAAAUAUUAAAUAACACAAUAUUAACCUUAAAAUUAGCAUAAUAGGGCCCCUUUGAAUUUAAAUUGCUCUCGAUUACAUGGCCAAUGGUGUGUGAGUGUUUCUUUCUCUGAGCAUGUGGCACCUUGUAUGCCUCUGUAUGAAUGUUUGUGAAUGAGUGAGUGCUGACUUGCAUAUAUGAAUGCAAACAGUCUGGAUAAGCGCUAUUUAAAGGCAGUCCAUUUACCAUUUGCCUUAUUGAUGCAGAUAUAAAAUGUUAGAUUUGAUGUGAGGACUAGUGUAAGUGAGGACUAUUGUAAGUUGGGAAGGUGGUACGCUGAGCUGAAAUGAUCACAUUGUGUAUAGAAGCUAGUUUGCAGGACUUUUUUGUAUGUAAAGAAUGAAACGGAGCUGGAGAGUUCUUAAGAUUGUUGGACAUGUGUGCCAUCCUUAAAGUAAAGGUCAUGUGACUAACGUUUGCUUACACUGCUGUUAUCCCAGGUGCCUUCAAAAGGAAUACUGCGUGCUACUGACAGCUGUCAGUGAUCUGUCAGAGAGAUGAAAAAUCUUGCUAAAGUUAAGUUGAUUUAAUAAGUAAAAUUAACUAUUUUAAAGUUAUGUUUAUUCUCUACAAUUGCUGGCCAAUUGUAGCUUGUAUUCUGUGUAGAAAUAUUUUUAUAUUCAAAUGUGUCAUCUUUAAUCACUAAAGAUUUGUAUUCUGAUUUCAUAUUACUGUACUGGAUUCAAUAGUGGACUAAGAUCUAUGCCAGUUAUUUCUCAAGAGUCAAUUCCCAACAACACUGUUUCUAUCACUCAAACUGUGGGAAUAUAUACAAUUCUCUCUGAACGAAGCUACUUGCUGACUCCAACAUUGAUUUCUUUUUUUGUAUCAGGAGAUUUUGCUACAUUCUUUUUGAGGGAAGAUGUCAUAUGACCCUGACAGCACAGGAACAGCAGGGUUUUACUGGAUCCACACAGCUAGUCCCACACAUUUCAAUCGACACACACAUAAUACACAGUUUAAAAUGACAUAUGGCAGAACCUAAUACAGGAGGGGCAGGGGAAUAUUUGGUGGAGUUGUUGUGGUUUGAUGUAUAAAGUCAAAUGAACUCUU